AUGGACCAUAUCUUAUGGUCUUGUGACUGCGUUAGACCUGUUUGGCUGGAGUUCUUGAGUUGGUUUCAAUUGACGGAGGCCGCUGAUGCUGUUGAUAUGCAUAGUUUUUUUGUUCGCGCCUGGUGUUAUAAGUUCAGCUCUCAGCUGGAUUGUUAUUGGCGUGCUGGAAUUAUUACUAUCUUAUGGGCCAUUUGGACUCUGAGGAACUCUUGCAUCUUUGAUAACAAGAUUUUUGAACAAAGGCGGAUCAUCCAUUUUGUCAGAGUUGCUUUUAAAGAGAUGGAGAAUAGCUUUAAUCUUGGUCAUAUGAAUAAUUCUUGGAAAGAUUAUACUAUUCUCAGAUCGAUUGGAGUUGCUACUCGUGCUGCUCCUCCUCCGGACUUCAUUGCUGUGCACUGGUGGCCUCCGGUGUCUCCUUGGAUUAAAGUUAACACGGACGGCUCUGCGAUCGGAGCCCCGGGUAAUAUUGCGGCUGGUGGUGUCUUCCGUGAUAACUUUAGUUGGGUUCGUGGUUGUUUUCAUUACAAGGGAGGAGUUGGCUUUGCUUUUGAAGCAGAGCUCCUUGCGGUUAUCAAAGCCAUUUUCAUUGCUCAUGAUCGGGGUUGGCUUCAUUUAUGGAUUGAGUCUGAUUCUAUGUAUAUCGUUCAUUUGCUUGAGGAGCGAUCGACCGCGGUGCCUUGGCGUUUCAUCGCUCUUUGGAAUAAGGUGCUUCAUCUCCUUCCUGAUUUUACUCUUCAGAUUUCCCACAUUUAUAGAGAGAGAAAUAAAGCUGCAGAUAUUAUGGCCAACUAUAGUAGAGAAGAAGGCUGGUGGCCGUAUGCUAUUGAGGAGAUUAAAGUUGUCGUGCGUCUUGAUAUGGCUACUCAUAGUCAUAUUCGUAUGCGCUGA